AUGCAAUGUGCUCAAAGAAAGGAAAAUGGGCCACUUCUCGACAAGAAAGUAAAUUUGCAGAUUGGCAGAGAGUCAGGAUGCAGGAACAUCAAAGAAAUACCUGCAGGAUCCCUUCCUAGAUCAUUAGAUGUCAUUCUUCGCCAUGACAUUGUUGAACAGGCUAGGGCUGUGACACAAGUUGUUAAAGGCCUGAGGGCUUUGUGCGUUAGAGACCUUUCUUAUCGCCUUGCCUUUAUUGCCAAUUCAGUGCAGAUUUGUGAUGGGAGAAGAGAUGCUGACAUACGAAAUAGGAAGAGGGAUGCUGAGAUGAAGACAAUCUACAAUUCACGGCGGAGGAGAUACACAACAACCUUAGUUUCAAGAUCUGUUUACACAUCCGGGAAAUCUUCAUCUGCUGCUGGAUUGACAGCCACUGUUGCAAAAGAACCAGAGACCGGAGAGUUUUGUAUGAGGAUACAAAGCAACAUUGAACGCAAGAACAAAUCAAUUUUGGCUGCUGCAAUCCCACAGGAGGCCGCUAUGAUAAAUCUAAACCUUGAAGCCAUUCUUUCAAGAUUUGACCUGGUGUAUGUGAUGAUUGAUGAUCCUGAUGACACAACAGAUUUCCAUAUCGCCUCUCACAUUGUCAGAGUUCAUCAAAAGCGUGAAAAUGCUGUUGCCCUGCCUUCACCCACUGCACAGCUCAAGCGUUACAUUCAAGUUGCCAAGUCUAAAAAGCCAAAGCUAAGUGUAGAAGCAAGAAAAGUUUUGGUUGAUUCUUAUGUUGCUCUUCGUAGAGGUGAUACAGCUCCAGGAAGUAGAGUUGCAUAUCGCAUGACAAAAAUGGACAAGGGCAGGAAACAGGAAGGGAAGAAACUUGUGAUAACAGAUGAAUACUUUCAGAGAGUGACUCAAGCCCUUGUCAUGCGUCUUAGACAACAUGAGGAAACUGUUAUGCAAGAUGGAGUGGGUUAG